UAAUUAGUCUGGCGGGCUAUGUAAGUGUCACGUAAAAAGUAACUUCUAGGAACAAUAUUCACGGUAUUACAAAGCAAAGGUGGAAAACUAAAUUUAAUUGCAAUCUCAAUUCCUUGAGCUAUUUUUAGCUAAAACAUCAAAAUUUCAGUUUGGUUGUGGCAGCAUCAGGCGGGCUAGAUUGAAUUGGCAAACGGACGGAUUUGGCCCGCGGGUUGCAUUUUUCCCAUGUUCCCCUGUUCUGUGGCUCCAUUUGUUUAUAAGUUCUCAUAGUCUAUAAUCGAUUAAUCCAUUUGUUAUGAAAAGAGGAAGAAUUGAGCAGACCGAUCCAUAGAUACACUUCGUACCGAAUUAUUACUAAAUAUACACUACAUUUUUCUGUCUCGUUACAUAGCAUUUGAUCACAUAAUGUACGGGAUUCGAUUUCGAGAUCAACACCCGUCUAAACGACGUAAAUCAUACAUGAUAUCUUUGGCAUCUUUUGCUGCCUUAUUUUUUCUGCUACAGACAACAACAAACGUGACUAGACGUUCCCUCGAGGAUACAAGUUAUUCGCGAAAGACAUCGAAUGAUAUAGCAAGCGAGAAUUCUCGGUUAGAAAAGAAUAAACUUGCUGACGACGGCAAUAUUACUCCAUUCACCGACUGUCAAAUAAAAUUGACUUCUAAAAAUCUGGAUGUCGACUUUUAUGAAAGAAGUAUGUACACUCCUAGGGAAUUACAAGAGAGAAUUAUAAUACCGGAUCGAGACUCAAUAAGGUCUAUAAAUCAAAAUCCGGUUAUCCGGUUGCGUCCGGAUAAAUUUCUCCUCCCAAUAUUGGCGAAUGGACCCAACAAUCAAAUUAUUGGACUUCGAGAAGCUGCUCUUGUAGCAAUAAAAUUGAACCGGACUUUGGUUAUUCCAAAAUUUUUCAAGCAUAUUAGCGACAGUCAGAUUGGAAGCGGCGUCGGUACCAUGACGUUCAUUUAUCCCGGACAUCGGUUAGAAGUCAAAGAUUUUUGUCGAUUCAUGAGUUGCAUAUCAAUGGAAGAAUUCCAACAAACAUGUGGAUACCAAAUCGAUGCUGUAAUGCAUCUAAGUCGCUACAGUGAAGCCGAUUUGAAGAAAUUUGAGUCAAUCAUUGGGAUGAAAAUUUUAAAUCAGGAUAUUUCAAGAGCAAAAAAAUCAAACGGAGUUAAGCUCGUUCCACGGAAACCAAUUGAUCCUGAAUUUAAAUUUCGGAAAUUUCGACCCGAUGAGAUUCCAGAGUUGUUUAGUACCAGUAAAAGAUGCGUUAUUUAUCCCAGACCCCUCUACAACCUACAAUUUGCGAGACUUGACCUGAAAAACAAAGGCAAAGGACGUUUGAUUUCUUCUGAGACAGAUUUACAAACGAGCUCAGACACGAGAUUAUGGCUUUCAUUGUCAUAUUAUUCGAGAAGUCCUGAAUAUAUCUCACAAAUCGCGAAGUCAUUUAUCUCACUGGAAAUGGGGAAAAAACAGUUCAUUAGCGUCCAUUGGAGAUAUAACAAGGAUGAUUUCAUGAAAAGAUGUCAAAUUGAUAUCACCCACGCGAACGAAAUGAAGCUGACUUUAUGCAGAAACGCAUUGCUUAUCAAACCUACUGAUAUCGCGAUGGCGAUAGAAGAUAAGAUAAUAUCGCUCCGAAAAGAGGGAAAAUUACAACACAACCCUCACUUGUAUUUUGCUGCGCCACCUAGCGAAAGAAAAAUUAUAGAGGGCGUGGCGAAAAUUCUUUUUGACAGACAGGGCAUGACGACAUUUUCGUCCGUCGAUGUGGAAGAGUUUAUGAAGGUUCGAUAUAACUCAUGUCCAUCAUUGGAAAGGCAUUUCAAUGAUAUUAUGUCAACAACUGAAAUGGAAAUAUGUACUCGGAGUCUUGUAUUCUUGGGGUCCGUCCGUUCUUCUUGGACGGAUAAUGUCAAAAGUAUGAGGUUGACGUCACAAUUUCAAAUGGCGUUGCCAGAAUUCGACGGUGAUAUAUUUUUAUCUUCUGUGGAAAUGAGAGAGAAAAGAACUAAACGAUUGAUGAAGAAACAACGAGAUAUGUCUUGACAUGGAUAUGGAACUUAUUAAUUCCUCGUUUCGGCAUCGCCUUUCAUGCAAGACCCUCUUUGAACGGCAACGAGGCAAGGCUGUAUGAGCGCCAUCUGAUAUGGCUUCGUUCGCGCGAUUUAACAAAUUUUCAAAAACAAACUUUUUUUGACUAGUAAAAAUAGACACAUAAAAUUGGAAAUGAAAUUUCAAUGCAUUUAGGGUUCAAAAAUUUUGCUCUUGAGAAGGAAUUUGUAUUCGUCGUAGUAUUGCUAAUUUUAUUAUUAUUAUCAUAAUACUCAUUUAUACACACGGUAUAUAUAAACUAUUUACACUAGAGUGAAGGUGGAAUAAUGAUCAAUUGAAGAUUGUAUGAUUGAUGUACUUUUUAUGCACAGCGAGGAGUAAUUAAAAAUAGUCCCGCACUAUGUGUACCAGGUUAGGGUUAGGCCAUAAUUUUAUUCCGAUUUUUCUUAUUUUUAUUCUAUUACGAGUUCUAUUACGGUACUGUCUGAGUUAGCCAAGUGAAUAUAUCACCUGCCAAUAGGUUUCAGUCCCCUUAUACAACUUGAUGUAAAUAAGCGAACAAAAUUAGUUACCUCUAUGUUGGUACACACACUUCUGGAGCGCCGCAUAAAACGCUCCGGAAUAAUCAAUAAAUUCAACGACAAAAGUUGGAAAUCACUAAGUUAGACAAUGCUGAUUCCGAUCCUUCCAAAAAUAUUAGCUUCUCAAGGAUCAGUAUUUGCUUAUACAUGGCCUUGUUCAAAUCAAAAUAUGUGAACAAGUGUCGUAUCGAGCUACAGAGUGUUGAAAAAGUAACACGAAUGCUAUUUAAAACAUUUAACGACUGACACUCUUUAACAGUAUUGAAUUACGGUGAAAUGCCAUUUAAACAUUCCUCGACUGACGCUUUUUAACAGCUACUUUGCCCUGACGAACAAUUUUACCUUAAUUUUGCGUAACUUUUUUACCACCCUGUAUAUUUAUUAUUUAUACAUAACGGCCUUGUCUUAAAAUAACACACAAUUUUUGAAUAAUAAGCUUUGCCGCCAAAGAUAUUUCUAUUCUUCUUACGGGUUUAUCUGUUUGUCAGGUUACCACUCUAUGUCCGAAGCAUCAUUAUGUAUCAGCAAAUAUGCUAGAAAAUAUUUGCGCAGGUCAUACCAGCCACGUCAACAGAGCCUGCCUUGAUUAAUUAGUACUGUUUCUCGGACGACAUUUUUACUUUUCUAUUUAAUAUUUUGUCUAUUUUAUAUAAAUGUGUAUCUAUUAUAUAUUUAAUAAUAAAAAGAUUAAACGCUGG